AUACCUAAUGAAAAACAUUUCUAUUAUUAUCUCUCUAAAACAAUUUAGGGGGGAAGAGAAUUGCAUUUAAGAUGUCAACCUGCAAACUCUUUUCUCGCGACGAAAUUUUUGUGUGAAACAAUAAAACGAAUUUGAUAUUAUAUUUCUCACAAAUCUAUAUAUACAUAUUUGCAAAGUAUUUUUAUAUUUAUGUUAGUUGAUAAAAUUAUUUUGUCACAUUUUUUGCACGAGAAUGAACUUAGUAAGAACAAAUUAUAGCUAUAAUCGAUAAUCCUGAGGGCGGUUGCACACCUGUCGUAGUGGUACCGUUUGAACAGGUAAGAAGAUGGCGGUACAAUGGUGGUUGACAGUGCUGAUGGUGCUUUGUAAUGAUAGUCGUUAGUUCUGGCAGAACCAUUGGCGCGUUAAUGAUUAAUUUAGCGGUGUAAAACGUUCUCGAAUUUUGCAAGAGAUAUAAUGAAUAAAAAAGUCUUGUAAAAUUGAUUAAUUGAAGAAAAGUGAUUUAAAACUAAUUUUUGAUCCAUCGCGUGUGCUAAUGACAAAUAUAUUUCUAAUUUAAAACGCGCAUGGAAUACUCGCGAAAAUUAUACGAUAUAUUAAAGUAUUGAUUUUACGGAAAAUAGAAUAGUAAUAUAUGAAUAUCUACGAAAUGAUGCAAAAACUAUCUAUUGUGUAUCAAUUAUUUUUUAUCUUCGUCAAUCAUAAUUGUGAUUAUAUAUAAGUGUACGUUAAAUCCAUAUUUGGGUGAUUUUGAUACUGCAUUGCGUUUGCAUAUUCGGGUGAUGAGAAACGGACCUGAAAAUGAAGAUAGAAUUGGCGGAAGUUGAAGUAUCGACGGAGGAGGAGUACUCACCCACUGCUUCCGCCGGCGCAGUGGACAGUAACAGUCCAGACGAUUACGACGGAGUCGAGGCCGAAUUGACGAGCCUCUCCUGGCUGCAAUCGUUGGACAUCACCAGCGCAUCCGGUUUGCCGACGCCACCUUGUUCGCCAUCGCCUCCACCGGUCCGUCAACCCCCGAAGAAAAUAUCGCCCUUUGUCAAGGCUGAUUUGGAUCUCGUGGUAAAUGCCAACAAGUAUCGAACGAAUCCCGAUGUAAAGCCGCCGUUCUCUUAUGCCACCAUGAUUUGUCUCGCGAUGCGCGACAACAAUAAUAAGGUCUCCCUUUCCAACAUUUACGCAUGGAUUCGAGAGAAUUUCUUAUUUUACAAAUAUGCCGAUCCAGCCUGGCAGAAUUCGAUUCGACACAAUCUCUCGCUGAACAAAUGCUUUGUCAAACUGCCGCGUUCUAAAGACGAGCCAGGCAAGGGCGGUUUUUGGAAGCUGGAUCUCGAAAGAAUGGAGGAGAGCAAACGGUCCAGACGUCGCUCCGCAACUUCGCAACGAAUUCGCAACUCCAAAAGGCAAUUCUCUGCGACAACUACGACAACGACAACAACGACGACAGCAACGACGACGCUCAAUGCUCUUCAGAACAGCUGUUCACCGCCCACCAGCUGCCUAUCCAGCUCUAUAUACGAGACCCCGCCUAGUAGCGUGUCACCCCCGAUUCCGGAUAGUCUGUCGGAAGUACCGGAAUCGACGCAGGUGAGCCUGAGCGAGGACGAUUUCACGAGCUUGCUGAUCACCGGUUGGGACGAAAAUAAUCAGUUGGAGCUCCUCGACCUCUUGGACACUCUGUAAACCAAAUCAAGGUGACUCUCUCGCAAACGCCUCUCAGGAAUCAUUGGCGAAACAAAUGUUCUCGUCCCUCCAUACAUCUCUCCCUCCGACUUCCCAUUUCAUCGACGUGAAUAACAACGCGAAUAACGUUCUCAGAUCGAUCUGAAGCAAUAUUAAUUUUUAAUUAUAGCGGAUUUCGCGAUAUACUUUUCGUUUCACAAACAACGAUCGCGCGAUAAAACGCAAAUAACAAAUUAUUAUUGUUAAACAAUUAUACCCAAAAGAUUACGCAAAAGCAUAGAUUCCAUUUAAUCGUAUGCAAUAAAAAAUUAAAUAUCAAUCUCGUAAUUAAAGCGCGAUUAAUUUACGAUCGAAAUGUUGAGAGAAAAAAAUUGAGGAAGAAAUACCAGGGAAAAUGAAAGCAAAUCUUGUUUCUUCUUCCUUAAUAGUGACCCAAUGCACGCAAAAAUGAAAUAUUGCGCGAUUUUAGUGUGCCUAAUGAGAUAAUUGUCUUAACACGCCGUCCGACCAAUGUGUUAAAACGUGUUAUAAUGUAACGUGUAUAAGAAUUCUAUGGUUGCCGAAAGUGUGGCCGAUAAUGUGGCAAGACAUAAUAUAAUCGAUUGAAGUAUUAUUAGAUUACGUCGUGAAAUAUUUGCCAUAAUUGACGACGUGAUGAGGAAUAUCAGUGCAUACCUGAUAUACAUAAUGUAUAAGCGGUAAUAAUGAGAAAAAUUUGGUAUUUUUCUAAUAGUUUCACAAAUUAAAAUAUAAUUGAAAUAAAUGCAUUAUCAUUCACAAAUAAUAAAACAAAUGGAUAAUUUACAAUUUUUGUAAUAAUAAAU